UCUCCUAUCCUACGGUUACGCCACGUCACGCUUCUUCAAUUCGUUCCGACGAAGACGAACCGACCGCCCCGCACUCAGCCAGGCUGCAGUCCAAAACCCUAGUCCCUUCUUCGUCUCCCACGCACGCGGAGAAAGGAGACCGGGGCAAAAUGGCCGACGCCUCCGCCCUCGCCUCCACCGUCCUCUCCGCGGCCACGCCGCCCGCCGCGGCUGCCGCGGCCACCGCCGUCCUCGACUACCUCGCGCGCCACGCCGCCGACAACCCGCGGGCCUUCUUCGCCGACGCCUUCCCCUCCAUCCUCUACCGCCUGUUCGUCUCCUCACCGCCUUCCUCCCCAUCCUUCCUCGACCUCGCAGCCGCCGCCCAACCAGACCCGACCCUCGCGAACCUCCUCCUCGCCCUCCUCUCCCCUUCCGGCCCGCUCCUCUCCGCCGCCGCCAGCGCCGACCGCCUCGCGCUCAUCCGCUUCGCCUUCCCCUCCGAGCGCCUCCCGCACUGGCUCCGCGCCGCCCUCUCCGACGACAACCCCGACCUCCUCGCCCUCUCGCCGCUCCUCGCCGCCCGCGUCGGCCACGAGCUCCACCUCUCCGUCUUCGAGUACUUCCUCUUCUGGUUCGCCUACUACCCAGUCUCCUCCUCCGACGCCUCCGCCUCCCCCUCCCCAGCAUCCGCCUCCAAUCCCGCCCUCAAAUCGCGCUCCCGCCUCGAGUCCUGGGUCUCCACCCUCGCCCCCACAGCCAUCGGCACCCGCAAGCCGGGCCACAAGCCGGAGCCCUCCCUGUACCUCAAGCUACUCUACGCCUACCUCAAACAGUUCGUGCCCACCGCCUGCACCCCGCUGCUGCGCCGCCGGCUCGGCGGCACCCUUCUUCAGCGGACCGCCAGCGAAGAAGGCCACAUCAUGGACCCUUUCGCCCGUGCAGACUUCUUCCUGCACACGCUCGUCCAGUUCUGGCUCGUCGGGGACGACUUCUCACCGCUGCCCGUGCAGACCUGCCGCGCGUUUGGCCUGCACUUGCCCUCCCGGGCUCGCGCCGAGCUGAGUGCCCACCUGCCGCCACCUGGGCUCGGGGAUGCCGUCAAGCUGCUCGUCAUGUACCUCAACUGCUGUGACGGCGGUCCGCGGACGGAUGCACGCACGGUGUUUGAAAGAUCGGCCGCGAGGAACGUGAUCUCUGAUACCCAGGUUGGCUUCUGGAAUCCCCUCAUACAGAGGCCUAUGUAUCGCUUUGUAUUGAGGGCCUUCUUGUUCUGCCCCAUCGGCGCGGUCAUUAAAAACGCUACGCAAGUCUUCUCUGUGUGGCUGGCAUAUAUGGAGCCAUGGAAGGUUACCCAAGAGGACCUGGAUGAGUAUGAUGUGUCCCUGAUGCAAGGGAAGGGCACCCAACAAGCUGCAGAAGGAAAGGAGAGCCAGAAAAGAGAUGCGCUCUGUUAUACUCCGCCGUGGAAGAAUUACGUGCUGUCCAAUUAUCUCUUCUAUAGCUCGAUGGUGGUGCAUUUCCUCGGUUUUGCACACAAGUUUAUCCAUUCUGAUGUCUCCUCGGUGCUCCUGAUGAUCCAAAAGGUACUGGAAGUCUUGUCUUCCUCUACAGAACUGGUAGAUCUUCUGUAUAAAGUGGAUGUCGCCUAUCACUCUAGACUGGCUACUUCACCCUCAUGUUCGUCAGAUGAUGUGCUGAAGUAUGUGCCAUCAAUCCGUGAGCAGUUGAAGGACUGGGAGGAUGGCUUGACAGAGACUGAUGCAGACGGGUCUUUCUUGCAUGAGCAUUGGAACUCUGAUCUAAGACUUUUCAGUUGUGGCGAGGAAGGGGCUUAUCAUCUGCUUCAGCUGCUUUUGAUCCGAGCAGAGUUGGAGAUACAACGUCUACCAGGUGACACACUACAAGCUCUCCAGUCAUUGGAUUUGAUAAGAUCCUGCAUGAAAAAGCUUUUCCAGAGUCGAAUUGAGGGCAUCCAUCAUAAUACCGCACCAGAAGAGUUCCAGCAUCAACAUCAGGGACGUGGUGAGGUAUUUACACCUAAGCAUCCCUAUUCAGGGAAAAGUAAGUUCAGUGAAGUCAAAUACAGAGGUGACUGGAUGAAGAGGCCCAUCUCAGAGACCGAAGUGGCCUGGCUUGCGAGGAUCCUAAUCCGUCUUUCUGACCGGCUGAAUGAUGCCCUUCGACUUGGCUGCGAUGACGCUGGUGAUAGUGCCGCUCACUCAACUUACAUAAAGUUUGACCGGAACGAGCUGACAACAAUCGGGGGCCCAAAGGAUGCUGCGAAGAUGGCGCUCGUUGCUGUCUGCUCUCUGCUUGCGCUGGUAGGACAAGCGCUGCUGAAGUUCAUGAGGGCGCACAGGGUGAAGAUCAAUCUGAGAGUUUUCGCUUCGAAAAAGUUGCUGGCGGGUCUCGUGGUGCUUUAUGCGGUGGUGGCAGGAACUAGGAAUGUGCUUGGUUGAAAAUGCGGGCACGACACAUGCUGUAGAUAGGAAGAGAUUGAACUUACAAAAAAGGGGGAUGGGGUCUGUUUUGGUGCGUGUGUUGUUUGAGAGCAAAGCUAACAACACAAGAGUGCGUAGGAUGUUAUUGUGCUCGCUCUAAGAGUAGAGGAUCACAAUGGCAUACGGCACUUGUGGUGUAAAACGAAAAGGAAAUUUUCUGGUGUAAGCGUACGCUGUGAUGUGAUACUUUACUGGAGGAGGGGUUGAAACAAGAAAAGAAGAAACAUAGUUGGUCGUUGUUUCGCUUGCCCACGCUGGCCAUGCAUGUUUUUUGUGUUUAA